AUGCUUCCUCAGAGACUCAUCACGAGACGGCCACUGAUUCGAACCCUACGCUCACCUGCACGUCUCCCAGUCGCAUGCCGGUCACAACGACGAUGGCUGAGCCAAGAAGACGUCGAUGAUCCUGGGAUGAAUGGCGGCUACCAGAACCCACCUCCCAUAAUCAGACAGCACCGUGACCCCUAUGCAGAUUGGUGGGACAAGCAGGAAAGACGCAAUUUCGGUGAGCCAGUGCACGAAGACAACGAUAUACUAGGCAUGUUCAGCCCGGAAGACUACAAUUUCUACACUGCGCCGCAGACGUUCGGGCUCCUUGGAUGUUUCGUGGCAACUUUUGUAGGAGCCUGUAUGGUGGUGAAGAGGUUUUACCCAGAUAAGGUCGCAGUAGAUCGGGGAUACGAAGGCGGGUUGGAUAGGGAAUUGGGAGGACCUGGAGCUGUUUGGGCGAGAACAGAGGAUGGGGUUGAUGAGACAUGA